AUGGUCAACAUCACAUACAAGUUUGAAGCAUUUAGUUUCACCGGUAUUUGCCAGACAGUGGCUCUAUCUCUGUGUCCAUUAAUAGGACAAGCAAAUGGCGUGGAGCCAGUUUGCUAUUCUCGUAAUAUUGAUUUAGCAGGCAACUUGAUCUUUCAGCCCGCAACUCUGGUUAUUGAUAUUGUUGCCAUUAUUAUGGCUGCCAUCAUGAUUUAUCACAUUCGAUCCAAAUACACUGCCGUUGGUCGCAAGGAAAUCGUCAUGUUCUUUUACUUGUACAUGAUCACAACAUUUCUCGAAAUGUUACUUGUAACUGGCAUUAUACCAACAUCAUCACCAGUGUAUCCCUGGUUUACUGCAGUACAUAUUGGCUUCAUAUGUGCCACUUUUUGGUGUCUGCUGUUGAACGGCUUUGUAGGUUUCCAAUUUGCAGAAGAUGGCACGCCUUUAUCGCUUUGGUCUAUUCGCAUUAGUUCCUUCGUCAUCUUUUUGUUGACUGGAUUCAUUGCUAUUGCAACAUUCAAGAACAUUGGUCCAUUCAACUAUGCAUCGCCUGGUGCUCUAUGGGCCUUUUAUUUCAUUAUCAAUGGCAUUGCAUUGAUUGUCUAUGUGAUUUCGCAAAUAGUGCUAGUAGUCAACACAUUGGAUGAUCGCUGGCCAUUGGGUGAUAUCUUGUUUGGCACGGCUUUCUUCAUCAUCGGCCAAGUGAUUCUCUACGUUUUCUCUGUCGUCAUCUGUGAUCAAGUCAAGCACUAUGUGGAUGGUUUGUUCUUUGGAUCCAUUUGUACUUUGUUGGCAGUAAUGAUGGUUUAUAAAUACUGGGACUCCAUCACCAAAGAAGACCUCGAGUUCUCGGUUGGCUCCAAGCAGAAUGUAUGGGAAGUCAAGGAGCUGCUGGGCGAAGAUGAGCUGUCUCAAAGCUAUGGCACGACCCCUGGUGGCAACUACCAACAACAGCAACAUCACCAACCUCCUCAACCUCAAUAUGGUCAACAAUAUAACCAACAAAAACCACAAUACCCAUAUUGA